AUGGAGAAAAAGAACAAUGUAUCAGAGUUUGUUCUUCUGGGACUCACAGAAAACCCAAAGAUGCAGAAAAUUAUAUUUGUUGUGUUUUUGUUCAUCUACAUCAUCUCUGUGGUAGGAAAUUUGCUCAUUGUGAUAACCAUCAUUGCCAGCUCACUCUUCGGGUCCCCCAUGUACUUUUUCCUGGCCUAUCUCUCCUUUAUUGAUGCUUGCUAUUUCUCUGUCAAUACUCCUAAGCUGAUUAGAGAUCCAAUCCAUCAAAAGAAGACCAUUCUGUUCAAUGAAUGCAUGGCCCAGGUCUUUGGAGAACACAUUUUUGCAGGUGCAGAGGUCAUUCUACUUACAGUGAUGGCCUGUGACUGCUAUGUGGCCAUCUGCAAACCCUUGCACUAUGCAACCAUCAUAAACUGGAGAGUGUGUGUCCUACUAGUUGGAGAGUCCUGGAUGGGAGGCUUUCUCCAUUCCACCAUCCAGCUCCUCUUUAUCAUCCAACUACCCUUCUGUGGCCCUAAUGUCAUCGAUCACUUUAUGUGUGAUCUGAACCCUUUGCUCAAUCUGGCCUGCACUGAUACCCACACUCUGGGCCUCUUUGUUGCUGCCAACAGUGGGUUCAUCUGUUCAUUAAACUUCCUCCUCCUGCUGGUCUCCUAUGUGGUCAUCCUGUGCUCCCAGAGAAACCACAGCUUAGAGGGCAGAUGCAAAGCUCUGUCUACCUGUAUCUCCCACAUCACUGUGGUUGUCCUGUUCUUUGUUCCCUGCAUAUUUGUGUACAUGAGGCCACCAGUUAAUUUGUCCUUUGAUAAAGCAGUUGCUGUAUUCUAUACCAUGAUAACUCCCAUGGUAAAUCCCUUUAUCUACACUUUCAGAAAUGCUCAGAUAAAAAAUGCUAUUAGGAAAUUAUUUAUCAGUAAAACUAAUUCAGAUGAGGAAUGA